UGAACGGUUCUUUCUUUCUCACUACGAUUUGUGUAUGCAAAAUUCAUGACUUGAACCCAUGUUGUUGUUUCAGUCAUGGGUUCACCUUGUGAUACUCAUUAUUGCUUACUUGACUUUUCUUCCCUUCUCUUAUUCUUCUUCUCAUGACCAGGUCAAACCUACUUCACAAAACAUUGAAGUAUUCUUCCCAUUUCACCAUCAUUCACAGCCAAUACCGAGUUCUAAUCCUUUGUCCUCUUCUUCCAGCAAUGUUCCUCAUCAUCAAUACAGUACUACAAGUUUAGAUGCAACUCUUGCUAAAGCAUUUGCAGGUCUUGUUGCUAGUAUAGUUGUAGUUGCAGGGGUAUUAUUUUUCUGCCGAAAAUAUAAUGCUGGCCGUGGCUCAGUAAAUACAAAGAUCAUGGGUAUUCGUCGACCAAGGGAGAUAAGGGUUAAUAUUAACAAUGAUGAUCAUCAGUUGAAGCCAAUUGGUGGAGAUGAUAAAACCGGACUAGUUGUCGAUGAAAAUGGCUUAGAUGUGAUUUAUUGGAGGCAGCUUCAGUUAUCCUCAAAUGAUCUCCCGAAGAAAGAUAGUUUAAGUAAAGCAGAAAAGAAGUAUCAAGAACUAAUUGGAAUUUCUAAAAGAGAAUUCCCUAAGCCUUCUAUUAUAAAUUCAUCUACGACUCUAAAUAGUCGAGAACUGCAGGUACAGGUGCAACAGUCGUCAAUUCCACCUCUGAGGGCUGCUCAAAGUGGCCAUUUCACCAGGAGUCCUUCCACCAGUUCUACGAAUGACAUGGCCACAGCUCUGUUUGGUUAUGUCGCUGCGAAUCGAAUAUCUGCAAAGAGUAACAAUGUCUCACCAAAUAAUGCAACAAAAUUAAGCACAGACCCCACUGCUCAGAUUUUCAUCCUUGAUCCUUAUAAAUCCCAAAAGACGGCAAUGGUUAUUCGAUCGCUCCACAUUACCCGUAAAGAGAUUCUUGAUGCUCUCCUAGAAGGCAAAAUGAGUCUUGAUCUUGAAACUUUACAAAAACUUUCUGAUAUUGCACCAACAAAAGAAGAAGAAGAACAGAUCUUAGCAUUUAACGGCAACCAGACAAAACUAGCUGAUGCAGAAUCUUUCAUAUACCAUCUCUUGAAAUCAGUUCCAUCUCCUUUUGCUCGUCUCAAAGCCAUGCUUUUUCUCUCCAAAUAUGAUUCCAAGGUUUGUUACUUGAAAAUGUCAUUGCAAACACUUGAGUUAGGUUGCAAUGAGCUGAGAACUAAUGGAGUAUUCUACAAACUUUUUGAAGCCAUAGCUACAACUCAAGGUACUAUUACAACAGAAUUCAAUCUCAAUGAAUUACGAAAUCGAUGCAAUAUGAAAAAUGACAACGAAUGCACACAUCAACUUGAAGCUAUCGUGGAACAAGUGAUUAUAAACGAAGGUAAGCGUUCUAUAACCAGACAAUCUCAAACCCUCAAAGGCAGAAAUGGAACUAGUCGAAAAUCAGAAUCAUCUCUAAGACAAAGGGAUGACCAUGAGUACAGGACUUUAGGAUUACCAGUGAUUGAAGGUCUAUGCAAAGAACUUUCCCAUGUUAAGAAAGCUGCUUAUAUAGAUUACACUGCUGUCGAAAGAACUUGUUUUUCUCUUAAAGCUGGUUUUGUGGAAAUUAGAGAACUCUUUAUAGAGAAUACUAAUGAUGGAAAUAAGCUAGAAGAUGACGGGUUUGUCGAGACAAUGAAAAGAUUUUUGUAUAGAGCUGAAGAAGAUGUAAAAAUUGUGAAAAAAGAUGAAAAAAGAGUUGAGGAACUUGUUAAGAAAACAAGAGAGAUUUACUUUCAGAAUCAAGAGAUUAUCACUUCUACUGCUUCGUCAGAUGGUGAUCAUCAAAAUUUACUUCAAGUAUUUGUCAUGGUUAGAGAACUUAUAAGGAUGGUCGAUCAAAUAUGCACUGAUAUUGCUGGAAAUUUGAAGAAAAUGGAGACGGAUGGGUUAAGGUUUCAGAGAUUGAGCUCCAUACUUUGAUCGUUUUCAUUUACUUUAUCUUGCAUUUUCUUUUCAUUUUAAGAAAAGGAUUCUUUCUAGUGAACUUUGUGGUAGUGAUGAUGAGAGGAUCAUCUCAUGUAUGUAAUUCGUUGAGUUUCUGAUCAGAGUGGUGUAUGCUGUAUAGCAUUUUAGAAAAAAGAGAGCAUAAAAUGAGUUCUAAAGCUUUGGAAAGUGAAAACAAAUAAUUAUCGUGCAUAAGAGUGUUCGAACU